AUGGCGGGCGAGGAGGGGGAAAUAAGAGAAUCGUGGAAGCAGGCGCUGGAUCGCAAGCUCGGGCGGCUGCAUUCUUUGCUGUUUGGGGUGGAGGCCGCGAUCAAGGCGGAGGAAUGGGAGAAGGCGCUGGGUCUGGGGCUUUGUCUGCUGGGAUUUCUCGAGAGCGAGACGAGGACGAGAGAGGAUGCGGUGUACACUGCUCCAAUAAAGAGGCAUGUCCAGGAUCUGAUCGAUGCGGCCAGGGACAAAUUCUACCAAGGUUUUGAGAGAAAUGCGCUCGCACAGGCAGCUCGAUCUAGCGGCGCAGUUUUUGGGGGAGGCCAGCACCGUGUAGACGUCGCAGGGAUUAGAAGCUCUCCACUUUACAAACCAUUUUGUGGUGACAGCAUCGAACCAAUGGAUAUUGAUCGCAUAGACGUCAGCCCGGGAGAGAGCAAGAAGCGCGGAAGAGUCGUGUGUGAGCCGCCAAAGGAAGAUAUGAUAAGGAACAAGUCUGUCGUUGUAGAGAAGCAAAAUCCUGUGGAGAGUUCAGGAGGAUUUGUCACAGCAAAGCAAAAAUGGGCACUUGACUCCAAGAAAACUGGAUCAGCAUCGUGUCCAGCACCUACAGGGACCAACACCACCGCUAAGACUCUGGGCCGCCGGAAUGUUCGAAGUUCUUUUACACCACCUCUUCGCUCCAAUGGGGGAGGAACAACCACGCAGAAUUCGGAUGCUGCCAUCUCCGAGUCGACCACCAAAUGCUUGGAACUUCUCUCUGGUCCUGAUGGCGAGCUGCCUGACAAAUUGCGCAAUCUGGAACCUCGCCUGCUUGAGCACAUAAGCAACGAAAUAAUGGAAAGGGAUUCAAACGUUCGCUGGGAUGACAUAGCUGGACUGGAUCAUGCUAAAAAGAGUGUCACAGAAAUGGUGAUUUGGCCUCUUUUACGCCCGGACAUUUUCCAUGGCUGCCGCUCGCCAGGAAAAGGACUCCUCCUUUUUGGCCCCCCUGGAACAGGCAAGACAAUGAUAGGAAAAGCGAUCGCUGGCGAAUCAAAAGCUACAUUCUUUUCAAUAUCAGCAAGCUCGCUAACUAGCAAAUGGAUUGGUGAAGGCGAGAAGCUUGUCCGGGCUUUGUUUGGUGUAGCCAGUUGUCGCACACCAGCGGUGAUAUUCAUCGACGAAGUGGACUCGCUCCUAUCUCAGAGGAAAUCAGAGGGAGAGCAUGAAUCAAGCCGAAGGAUAAAGACGCAGUUUCUCAUCGAGAUGGAAGGUAUUGGAAGUGGUAACGAGCAGCUUCUUCUUAUAGGUGCUACAAACAGGCCUCAAGAGCUUGAUGAAGCAGCUCGCCGUCGUUUCUCGAAGAGGCUAUACAUACCACUUCCUUCUGCUGAGGCUCGAGGAUGGAUUGUUCGUAACCUCUUGCAAAAGGAUGGUCUGUUUUGUAUGUCCAGCAGCGACAUGGACGAAAUAUGCUCAAUGACGGAGGGCUAUUCCGGUUCUGACAUGAACAACCUCGUCAAAGAAGCAUCCAUGUAUCCUCUCCGCGAGGCGCUCAAAGCGGGGAAAGACAUUGGCAAGAUUAGCACCGAAGAAAUGCGAGCUAUUGGGCUACAGGACUUCAGGGCCGCUCUUCAAGAAGUAAAGCCUUCAGUCUCGAAAUGCGAGCUGGGUGCCUACGAGGAUUGGAACUCUCAGUUUGGAAGCCUGUGCUUGUGACGAACAAGGAGCGAGCGAGGAGCGGCAUCACUAGAA